AUGGGAAAUUGUACUGCUGUACCUACUUUACGUCGAACUCCACACAUCUCACGGACACAAUCACGCCGUGCCACUGUUUCCUCUAUUACCAAUGGUGCACAAGUAUCGGUACCAAGAUCUGAACCAUACAUAGUCCAUCAUAAUGUACCUUCUCCUGUCGAAUCACCUAUUUGGGUGGCCAUUAAAAAUCGACGGCGGCAUAAACCACACACCAACCGCAUUAAAACUACUCGCUACAAUAUUCUCACUUUCAUACCGAAGAAUCUUUUCGAACAAUUUCGUCGCGUUGCCAAUGUUUAUUUUGCUAUUCUUAUCGGACUCAAUUGGAUACCUAUUGUCAAUGCACUUUCAAAACAAGUUGCUUUCAUUCCUCUCACAGUCAUUCUCACAAUCACAGCUAUCAAAGAUCUCGUCGAAGAUCUCAAGCGUUGGAGAAGUGACGCCCAAAUCAACAAACAAAUUGCACAAGUCUACGACAAAAAAACCAAAACAUUCAUUCCUUGUAAAUGGCAAGAUCUCUCAGUUGGAAACGUCGUUCGAGUUCGAACUGACGAAACAGUACCCGCCGAUAUUCUUCUUCUCUCUUCAGCAUCCACCGAAAGCACUUGCUACCUGGACACAGCCGCCAUCGAUGGCGAAACCAAUCUGAAACAAAAGAGUAUUCCAUCUUGUUUUCUCAACUUGGACAAAACAGCAGAAGAAACCAGUUUUGAACUUCAGUGCGAUCCACCGAACGAUGAUAUCUAUCGUUUCUGUGGUCGAUUAUUGUUCUCGACUGGGUCGAAUGCUUGUCCAUGUGACAACAAUAACUUUCUGUUGCGUGGCUGUGUAUUGAGAAUCACAGAGUAUGUGGAUGGACUGAUAGUGUAUGCUGGAAACGAAACGAAGAUCAUCAAGUCAUCUCGUCAGACAAUCAGUAAACAUGCGUUGAUCGAAAGGUACAUAAAUAGAGAUGUACUAUUUUCGAGCUUAAUUUUGACAACCAUAUGCUUACUUUGUGCUGGUCUAUCCAUUUAUUGGGAACGUUCAUUUGGUGACAAAUGGACGUUUGUUCCAUUUAUAGUAGAUGAUCCAUUUGAUAACUCUGUUCGAGAUUUCUUUGCCAACACGCUACGGUUUGUGAUAUUAUUUCAAGUGAUGGUACCCAUCGCCUUGUAUGUCUCAUUGGAUCUUGUUCGUGUUCUACAAAUGUACACUAUCGCACGUGACAAGCAUCUCAAGUAUGAGCAUCCGAUCAGUUGUCGAACGUUCACGAUCAAUGAGGAUCUUGGUCAAAUCGGAUAUGUGUUUACAGAUAAAACUGGAACUUUGACACAAAACAAACUAGUGUUUAAAAUGAUGUCUGUGGGUGGCAUAUACUAUUCAGGCAGGUCUGAAUUACCUGAAAAAAACGACCCAUUGAUUCAACACUUCCUCACUACACUGGCCAUCUGCAACACCUCAUUCAUCGUCCACGAUCAUCCCGAGUUCAUGCAUCGACUCGACUACCAGCCCAAGUACGAAGGCGACAACGCCGACGAUCUCGUCCUCUGUCAAACAGCAUCGCAAUUCGGUGUCAGAAUGAUCUCACGAUCAGCACAAACCAUCACCGUUCGAUACCUCGACUCGUCCAACUCGAACAAACAAGAUCUCGACUAUGACAUUCUCUGUCUCCUACCAUUCGACUCCACACGCAAACGAAUGUCCAUCAUUGUUCGACUCAACGAUCAGAUCUUCUUGUACAUCAAGGGUGCCGAAUCAUCUAUCUGGCCACAUCUCAGUUCUCUNCAAUUCGGUGUCAGAAUGAUCUCACGAUCAGCACAAACCAUCACCGUUCGAUACCUCGACUCGUCCAACUCGAACAAACAAGAUCUCGACUAUGACAUUCUCUGUCUCCUACCAUUCGACUCCACACGCAAACGAAUGUCCAUCAUUGUUCGACUCAACGAUCAGAUCUUCUUGUACAUCAAGGGUGCCGAAUCAUCUAUCUGGCCACAUCUCAGUCCUCUCAACGAUACUCACACGAAGUCAACCAUCGAACAGCACAGCUUGACUUUUGCCGAACAAGGCUACCGAUCACUGUUAGUCGCCUAUCGGCAGCUGACUCUACGAGAGUUUGAGUCAUGGUUCGAGCGAUAUCGAUUUGCAGCGAACGCGCUCGAUAACCGAGAGGAAGCCAUCUCCGAUGCAGCGACUGAGAUCGAAGUGGAUCUGAUGUUGGCUGGACUGACAGCUGUCGAAGAUAAACUACAAGACGGUGUACCACGAGCCAUCGCCACUCUCAGAUGUGCUGGUAUCAAGCUGUGGCUGUUGACAGGUGACAAACAAGCAACUGCCCUGAGCACAGCACAAGCUGCAUCUCUCAUCAACAUUCCACAAACACUCUCAUCGGACUCUCAUUCAACAUCUCGGAAUAUUGCACCAGCCGCCACCGCCUGGGACUUUGAUCGCUCGGCUCAAGCUCGACUCAACCAGCACACUCAUAUGAUCUACUAUAGUUCCCAACUCAUUGAAAUCGACCAGCAACUACGUAAUCGAGAGAGCAGCGCGUCGGAUGAUGUUCGAACAGAGAAGACGAUCAGUCGGAUGCGUGAAGUUAUUGCUGCACAAGCGUCACCGGUGUCACUUGUUGUGACUGGCGAAGAUCUGAGUGUGAUCCUUCGAUACAAGCCAAAAGAGUUCAUUCGAGCUGCAUCGGAAUGUCAGUCGGUAUUGUUCUGUCGAGUGUCGGCAACGCAGAAGCGUGAACUGGUGAGUGUUGCGAAGUCGGUGUUCAAGCAUCGAAUCUUGGCGAUCGGUGAUGGUGCAAAUGAUGUUGGAAUGAUUCGUGAAUCUCACUGUGGAGUUGCUGUGUAUGGUCGUGAAGGAUCUCAAGCAGUAGCCGCAGGCGACUUUGCAGUUGAUCGUUUCGAANCAUCGGAAUGUCAGUCGGUAUUGUUCUGUCGAGUGUCGGCAACGCAGAAGCGUGAACUGGUGAGUGUUGCGAAGUCGGUGUUCAAGCAUCGAAUCUUGGCGAUCGGUGAUGGUGCAAAUGAUGUUGGAAUGAUUCGUGAAUCUCACUGUGGAGUUGCUGUGUAUGGUCGUGAAGGAUCUCAAGCAGUAGCCGCAGGCGACUUUGCAGUUGAUCGUUUCGAAUGUCUUCGUCGUUUACUUCUUGUUCACGGUGCUUGGUGUUUCACUCGAACAAGUGAACUUAUCUUGUACACAUUCAUGCACAACUGGGCAGUGUCUCUGCAUUCAUUCUAUCUGACGUUGUAUUCAAGCUUGUUUACCGUGCUUCCACAAUGUGCUGCAGCUUUAUUUGAUCAACAUGUGCCCGCUGAACGAGCAUUACAUGAACCUCAGCUGUAUCAAUACACUCUACAUGCGAGAUGCUAUCGAAUGUGGUCAUAUUGGAUAAAUAUUCUCGAUGCUAUAUGGCAGAGUUCAGUGAUAUUUUUCUUUGCUUAUCUAUCAUACAGAAACGAAUUUUAUAUUGAUGUGUCGGCGUUUGGUUUUUCUAUUGCAUUCAGUAUGAUUGUUACAUCUUUGAUACAUGUUCUUUUGCAAACAUCGCGUGUUGAUAUAUCUAUCAUUAGUUCCAUCGCAUUCAGUUUUCUCGUAUUUCUUGGAUUUACCCUGGUAUUUGAUGAAACUUGUGUGGUAUGCAUUCCAGGUGAAAGUCCAUAUCAAGUCUCGUAUCAUACACUUCGGAAAGCCCGAUUUUGGUUUACAACGGCAUUAACUAUUUUCACAGCAAUGCUACCUCGAUUUACUAUCAAAUGUUUAUACAAUACUAUACGCUAUCCGUUCGCAGUAAACUACGAAUAG